CACUAAUAGAUUAGAGAGGGUUGGGUCGGUCCAUUUCCUUAUGAGACAAAACUGACUCAUCUUCAGUACAUUCAACAAUGGCGGACUAAAUUUCUCGAAAAGAAAAAAAAACAAUGGCGGACUAAACUCCACUCCACUUCCAGCCAAAUUUAAGUGUCAAGCAAUAUCCCACUAAAAACUCCCACUUUGAAAACACUGUUUUCCCCCCUUCUACGUUUCUCUUUUUUUAAGGAAUUUGGCAGAUCAACGAAUAUAAAGUAUUCCUCAUCUCCAGAAAUUAACUCCUAGUUGUUUACUUUUAGUUGGCAAGUGUUAAUUGUUUUUGGUGUUUUUAGAAAAUCGUAUGGGGCUCUCUUACAAGAGCUUGUUGCUGUUUCUCUCAUCUCUUUUCAUCCCUUCUGGUGUUCUUAUAUUGUGCUUUAGCUCAACAACUAGCUCUGCCAUUUCUGGCAAUGAGACUGAUCUCCAAGCCUUGCUUGAAUUCAAGUCGAAAAUCACUCAUGACCCUUUUCAGGUUUUGAGAUCAUGGAAUGAAACCAUCCAUUUUUGUCAGUGGCAAGGCGUCACCUGUGGUCUUCUCCACCGGAGAGUUACAGUUCUGGACCUGCACUCCUUGAAAAUAUCAGGCUCUAUAUCACCCUACAUUGGCAACUUGAGCUUCCUAAGGGCAUUAAAUAUCCAAAACAACAGCUUUGGUCAUGAAAUUCCGCAACAGAUUGGCUAUUUGCGUAGGCUGGAAGAACUCAGAUUGAACAACAAUUCAGUAGGAGGGAAGAUUCCUACAAAUAUAUCAAGAUGCUCAAACCUUGUUUUUAUUUCCUUGGGGAAAAACAAGCUAGAAGGAAAUGUUCCUGAAGAGCUGGGUGUCCUGUCAAACCUUCAAGUUCUUUCGAUCUUUGGAAACAAGCUAACCGGAAGCAUUCCUCAUUCGCUUGGGAAUUUGUCGCAACUUCAGAGACUAUCUUUAGCUGAAAAUAGAAUGGUCGGUGAAGUUCCUAAUUCACUAGGCUGGCUGAGAAAUCUUACAUUUUUGAGUCUUCGUUCAAAUAGGCUGUCAGGUACCAUCCCUUCGUCACUUUUUAAUUUAUCUUCUAUCAGGAAUUUAGACAUAGGAGAAAAUAAUUUCCAUGGAAACCUUCAUUCAGAUAUAGGCUUCUUACUUCCAAACAUCCGAUGGUUUGCUAUUAGCUCUAACGAGUUCACUGGGAAAAUCCCUGUUUCGUUGUCUAAUGCUACAAACCUGGAAUCACUACUUCUGCUUCAAAACAAUCUUACUGGAGAGGUUCCUUCUCUAGCAAAGUUAGAUAGGCUUCGGGUUUUCUCUCUUACUUCAAACAAUUUAGGAACAGGAAAGGCUGAUGACUUGAGCUUUCUUCAUUCUUUGACCAAUACCACAGCAUUAGAAGAACUGGGCGUCAAUGGAAAUAACUUCGGAGGGAUGCUACCUGAUAGCAUUGCCAAUCUUUCUACUACUCUUAGGAUAUUACUUCUCGAUAACAACCGAAUAAUUGGAAGCAUCCCAUCUGGGAUAGAAAAUCUUGUCAGCUUGGAAGAUUUUGAGGUUUGGAAUAAUCAACUCUCAGGUUUCAUUCCGGAUAGUAUUGGAAAGCUUCAAAAUCUAGUGGUAUUGGCUUUGAACAGUAAUAUGCUUUCAGGGCAUAUUCCAUCUUCUCUAGGGAACUUGACCAAUUUAAUUCAACUUCUAGUAGAAGAUAACAAUCUUUCAGGGAGGAUACCGUCAGAUCUUGGCAGAUGCCAAAAUAUGCUUGGAUUGUCUCUUUCUCAAAACAAUUUUAGCGGUUCCAUACCCCCUGAAGUUAUAAGUAUUUCUUCAUUGUCAAUUUAUCUUGAUCUGUCCCAAAACAAUUUGACUGGAACCUUACCCAUGGAAGUUGGAAAUCUGAAAAGCCUGAGCGAAUUUGAUGUUUCUGGAAACAAAUUAUCAGGUGAGAUUCCAAGAACUCUUGGCAGUUGUAUAAGCCUAGAGAUACUAAAUAUGGCUGGCAACAAUUUUCAAGGGCUCAUACCUUCAUCUUUGAGUUCAUUGAGGGCUCUACAAAUUUUAGACUUAUCUAAUAAUCAUCUGUCAGGUGAAAUUCCAGGAUUCCUGUCAACACCUGGUGCCUUGCAGUAUUUAAAUCUCUCUUAUAAUAAUUUUAAAGGCAUGGUGCCCAGUAAAGGCAUCUUUAAGAAUGCAAGUGCUACUUCAGUUGAGGGAAACAAUAUGCUUUGUGGAGGAAUUCCUGAGUUCCAACUGCCUGUAUGCAAUUCUGCAAGGCAUAAGAAGAAUAGAUUGACUCCUGUACUGAAGACAGUCAUUGCUGCUAUAUCAGCGAUUUCAGGAAUGGCAUUCCUUAUUUUAAUGCUGUAUCUUUUCUGGUUCAGGCAGAAGAAAGUAAAUGAAACUACUGCAGACUUUUCAGAGAAGAAAAUUAUGGAACUUUCAUAUCAAAACCUGCAUAAAGCUACUGAUGGAUUUUCUUCAGCUAAUAUCAUUGGCAUGGGUAGUUUUGGGUCAGUCUAUAAAGGAAGACUUGAUAGGGAAGGAACUUUAAUUGCUGUAAAGGUAUUUAACCUUAUGCGAAGAGGGGGAUUCAAGAGUUUCCUAGCUGAGUGUGAAGCCUUAAGAAACAUCAGACACCGGAAUCUUCUAAAGGUACUAACUGCAUGCUCGAGUCUAGAUUAUCAUGGAAAUGAUUUUAAGGCUCUUGUUUAUGAGUUCAUGGUUAAUGGAAGCUUAGAGGAGUGGUUGCAUCCACCUGUUGCCACAAAUGAAGCAGAAUUGGAAACAAGGAAGUUGAAUUUUCUGCAGAGACUAAACAUUGCUAUUGAUGUUGCUUCUGCGCUUUAUUAUCUCCACCACCACUGCGAACCACAAAUUGUUCAUUGCGAUCUGAAACCAAGCAAUAUUCUUCUGGAUGAAGAACUGACAGGACAUGUCGGUGACUUUGGGUUAGCUAGAUUCCUUCUAGACGCAACCCAGAACCAUUAUACUCAAUCAAGCUCUAUUGGAGUAAGAGGGACAGUGGGUUACGCUCCACCUGAGUAUGGAAUGAGCAGUGAGGUUUCGACAUAUGGCGAUGUAUACAGUUAUGGGAUACUCUUGCUAGAAAUGUUUACAGGGAAGAGGCCUAUGGAUGACAUGUUUAAAGAUGGUUUUAACCUUCAUAACUUUGUGAAGGCAGCUUUGCCCAAUCAAGUGGUGGAGAUUGUGGAUCCAAAUCUUCUUCCUGAAAUAGAAGAAGGCGAGACAAGCACAGACAGUGCUGACACCGGAAGAUGCAAAACAAGCAGCAACAGACUGAUGGAGUGCUUGAAUGUAAUAUUUCAAGUUGGAGUUGAUUGUUCUGUUGAGUUUCCUAGAGAACGAAUGCCCAUUGUUGAUGUUGGCAGGCAGUUAGCCUCAAUCAAGGACAAACUUGUCGGAACUGGAUUUCCUAGCAAGAGACAAAUUAGUAUUCUAUAAGGAAAAGAGAUGUUAUUGAUAUGGUCAGAACCAAACGUUGCCAAAUAGAACAUGUAAAUCCCAUAUUAUGGGAUGGCACAGAUUCAAUGGAAAUUCCCGAAUGGGAGCCUUUUCUGUGCAGAGAGAUGAGCUUAUGAAGUUCUGUGUUAUUGUUAUGACUUGGAAAUGUAUUCUCUCUGAACAUCCCUAACCAAAUACAUUUUACCUUUAUUGAUGCAAUGUGAUUUAUUAUAAAUUAAACAAUAA